CCUGGGUCAAUUAUAUGCAUAAAGUGUGAGAGAAUACUUCAUGGAGGCAUCAACCGCCUCAAAUACCACCUUGCAGGAAUAGAUAGGCAUGAUGCUAGAGCAUGCCCUGGGACCAGUGAAGAAAUAAAAAGACAAAUGAAUGCCCUACUUGCAGCUGGGGAAGAGAAGAAAUUGCAAAGGGAGAGGGCAAAGCUAGCCAUGAGAUCAGCCAUAGCUGAAUCUCAAGGUGUUUCUAUUGACCUUGAAGAGGAAGAAGAAGCACUUGAGGGCAUAGUGGGCUCUCGACGUGGCCCAUGUAUCCGCAAACCCACCAUCAGCUCGCCCAUUGCUUCUGCUUCCUCUAGUAGAGUACCUGGCCCUGUUCCACUUCCAUCACAACAAUCAGGGUCGAUAGGUGAUUAUUUUGUGCCCAGAAACACACCUGGAGCACAACCAUCAUUAGAGGCUAGUGGAUGGAAUAAGGAGGUACAUGAGAAAACUGACAUUGUAGUUGCUGAUUUUUGGUACUUCAACAACAUUGCAUUCAAUGUGGCGGAGAAUGCUUAUUGGCUGAAUUUGGUGACUGCUAUGACAGUUUCAGGAAAGGGGUACAAGGCCCCUUCUCGCAGGGAUUUGAGUGGGAGGUUGCUCACAAAUGCAGUUGCUAGGGCAAGAGAAGUGAUGGAGGAUCAAAAAAUUGAUUGGGCAAAUUAUGGCUGCACCAUUCUUUCUGAUGGGUGGACAGAUGGCAAGAACCGCACCAUCAUCAAUUUUUUGGUUGCUUGCAAGGACAAUGUAGUGUUCUUGAAAUCUGUUGAUGCCUCCAACAAGGUGAAAAAUGCAGAAACAUUGGCUGGAAUGUUGGAGCAUGUCAUCAUGGAGGUGGGGGUAGAGAAUGUGGUGCAAAUCAUCACAGAUAAUGCAGCAGCAUAUGUGUCAGCAGGAAGAAUCCUCCAAGAGAGGCACCCCACUCUUUUUUGGACACCUUGUGCAGCACAUGUCCUUGACCUUCUUUUGGAGGACAUAGGAAAACUUGAGUGGGUGACUCCAAUUGUGGAAGAUGCAAGGAGGAUCACCAAAUAUAUCUACAAUCACCCUUGGGUCCUAAAUUUGAUGAGACAACACACGCAAGGGAAAGAUUUGGUGAGAGCUGGUGUCACAAGGUUUGCAACGAUUUUCUUGACGUUGCAAAGCAUUCUUGCAGCAUUGACUUCUUUGAAACAAAUGUUUGUGAGUGGAGAAUGGCUUAACUCACCUUAUUCAAAGAAGCCUGAAGGAGAGGCUGUCGCAUGCAUAGUCUUCGACAACCAAUUUGCACAAAGGGUUGCAGAGAUUGUGAAGGUUGUUACUUCAAAACUUUAAUUUUUAAAUUUUAGUUAUUCUUGAUUCAAGUCUCUCAUUACUAAUUUGUAACUUCAUUAUUUAAAUUUUGAUCUUUUUGUAAUUUGUAUUUUUCAAUUGUAGGUGUCAGAGCCCUCGGUUUGAGUUCUUCGCUUGGUGGAUGGGGAUAAAACCCCAAUGGGAUAUCUUUAUGAGGCCAUGGAUAGGGCCAAAGAGUCUAUCAAAAAUUACUACAAGGGGGAUAGGCUCAAAUUUGAUCCCAUUUGGGAAAUUGUUGAUAGGAGGUGGAACAAUCAGCUCCACCAACCCAUUCAUGCAGCA